AGCUGCUCUAAUCUGUCUCCUCAACCUCUGAGUGAAUCAGUGAAGUAGACUCUGAUGAGGAAGUGUUGUGGAAAUUGAUCUUUCCUGAAGCUAAGAGCGAUUUAAAGGCUUAGCUGGGCACUAUGGAGACUUCAGAUUCAGGCCCAGCAGAUGGAGAGGAGCGGCCCAGGACCCGCUCCAACCCUGAGGGAGCGGAGGACAGGCGCAGCAGCAACGGCAGUUUAAACAGCACUCCGCCGCCCCAGCCUGCAGUGGGCAGUCGAGUAGAGGGUGAGGGAGAGGCCUCCAGCACUGAUGGUGCUCCAAGUUCCACAUCCACCAUCACCACGACCGUCCCUGCCCCGACUGCGGCCGCUACGGCCACCACUACAGCCAGCGUGACCGCUCCAGUGUCUGCAGCAAAAGACAGGCCUAAAACCACCCAGCCUUCUGUGCCACCCCAGAUCCCUCCACCUGCAGAGCUCCAGAUACGAGCACCAAGAGUCAACUGCCCUGAAAAAGUGAUCAUCUGUUUGGAUUUAUCGGAGGAGAUGUCACUGCAGAAACUGGAAUCCUUCAAUGGAUCCAAGACAAAUGCCCUCAAUAUCUCCCAGAAGAUGAUUGAGAUGUUUGUGAGAACGAAGCAUAAAAUAGACAAAAGACACGAGUUUGCCUUGGUGGUGGUCAAUGAUGAUGCCUUAUGGUUAUCAGGCUUCACCUCUGAUCCACGGGAGUUAUGCAGCUGUUUGUAUGACCUGGAAACAAAUGUCUGUGAAUCCUUCAACCUGGAAGAUCUUCUCAAUGUAAUUCUCCAGAAGAUUGAGCUUCCACUGAUGGACAACGUUCAGACGAUUCCGCCUCCUUUUGUGGUUCGUACUCUCCUCAUCUACAGUCGGCAUGCAGGCCAGCUACAGUUCAACCCGUCAGAUGCCGUCAGUAAAAUGCUGCGCUCCCCUUAUUUCUUCUUUGAUGUCAUUUACCUUCAUAAUGGAGCAGAUGAACAAGUGGACGACAACAGCUGGAGGGAUAUAUAUGCAUCCUUCUCUAAUCUGGACUCUAAAGGGAUGUGCUACCGCUUUGAAGUGUCGCUCUGUGGCCCUGCCAUCGAGCUUUACAACUGUAUGGCAAAGCUGCUCUGCCACCCGCUGCAAAGGCCUUUCCAAAGUCAUGCCUCCUACAGCCUGCUAGAGGGCGACGAUCCACAAGAGAUAGAGGCCACAGUCUAGAGCAGACAUUCAGUCCUGGAUCCUGGAGUAGCCCUGUUUUCAUGUUUUGGAGUUUUCCUGGUCCUUAUCCAAAUAAUCAGCUAAUUAUCAAGCCCUUCCUGAGUUGUGGGGGGUAAAGAGAGAGCAGGAAAACACUAAAACGUGCAGGGCAGUGGUGUUCCAGGACCAACGUAGAUACACUGCUGUAGAGCAGUGGUGAUGGGGUCCGGGCAAGAGGGAAAGGUGUGCCAAUGAACCAGCCAAGUGUUGCCUUCUAUCACCCCCCCCGAUCAGCACCUAAUGAUGAGCACUGAACGAAGAGGAAGCUGAAGAAAACCUUUUUAAUGAGAAGGAUCACUUGAAUGAAAGGAUCUUUGCCUGUGGACUGCAAUGGACUUUCUGUAGCUUUGAGCUUUUUUCACCAGUUUAUCUCAGUACUUUCUUUUUUGUAUACCUGAUUUUUAUGUUCUUGUCUUAUGUUGUUUUAUUUGUUUACUGGGUAAUGGAGCAAACUUCAUUAGUUUUUUAUCCAAACAGCUAUAAACCCUGAUAUGAACUCUGAGCCCAUGAUUGUGAAAAAAAUGAUUUUUUCCCCCAAAAUUAAACCCUAAAUAUUAUGAAUGGACAUUAUGCCAAGCAGAAUAUGUCAAAAUAUUAUGUAAAAUGUUUCAUUUCCAGUCUGAACAGCCUUAAGUGUAAGCUAUUCAUUUUUAAGGAGAUACUUCUGAGGAGAUUAGUUAGGAGGUCAUCCACUUACAUAAGGAAGAUAAAAAUGUUUCCAAAACUGGAGUUCAAAAAUUCUUUAAAGAUAUAGAGAAAAUGAGUCUUAACAACUGUGUAAGACCACCACAACUGUCACCAUUAGAGAAACACUACUUUCAUCUUUAAGAAAUUGGAGAAAAUCGAGCUCUUGCUUCAGACCUAAAAAAAUACAGAUGUAGUGGAUCUGAAAGGAUAACUAGCUGUCAAGAAGCUGUUUCUGAGAAAAGAAAUAGAUAAAAAAGAACAUUUGCAAACUAAACAAAACUACUCGUAUUCUCAGAGCAAUGGACUGACCACCUC